UUGCUACGCCGCUGCCGGCAGCCGCUGACGUCAGUCUACUACUUUUCGCCUUUUGAGUCGUAUUACAAUACUCCGUACAUAACGUACACACCCAGGCUGUCUCAGACUGAAUUAAUCUACCGACCACAAUCACGAGGCGUCACCCGGCUCGUCACCUACCCGGAAGUGCCGCACCAUUUGGUUCGCGUGCGCGUUCGUCCGUCUGUCAUCCUGCGGGAGCUCGACCGGAUCUCGUACCGGCGCCGUCCGAACUACUCUGUCUCAUCUGUUGAUGACUUCUUCAGAUCAGAAACAACUAGAUUGUUCGAGGAUGAGACGCGCCGCAUCCGCGCAGACUCCGCUUCACUGAUGCAACGCGCUCGCUCUGUUGUACCACGUGCUAAGUCUGUCGCACCACUUGAUACUAUUCAUUCGUAUUCUUAUGGGGAGCCAAUGCCGUACCGCUUCAGCAACGACGCGUACAUAGCAAAACUUCUUAUUCCCCUUCGCAGCGUUAACGACCACAUUCACAGCAUUUCCUUCUACAACGAGCCCGCCAAGAAGUUCACAGGACGUGGCCACCUCGCGUGCGUGCACUACUCGGGCAAUAAGGCCUUUUCUAAUCGGAGGCCGCUCUACAAGGAGCUAAGCAUCAGGGACGACGUUAAUCUGCUCUCGUUUUAUGCGAAGAAUAGGCUAGCUGCCGCUGGAUUGGGGGGCGAGAAAGUUACAGUGAAACUACUCCCGUGGAGGCCGAGCCGCAAGUUCCAGGCACCGCAGUUGAUGGAGGACCCAGGAUUGGAAUUGAAAGCAUCAAAAGCGGAACGCGCUGCUCGUUUCCGAGCCACAACAGUUGAGCCCGUUCUCACUCCAGCGACGGAUCUAGCCGAAAUCAAGAAGAAGAGACAGGAGGAGGCACGCGCUGCUGAAGAAAAAGCUCUUAAGGAAGAAGCCAAACGAGAAGCAGAACGCAAGGCUCAGGCUGAAAGAGAAGCCGCUGAAAGAAAAAAAGCAGAAGAUGAAGCUCGAAAAGCAGAAGAAGCCAAACGAAAAGCUGAAGAAGAGGCUAGAAGAGCUGAGGAAGAAGCAAGAAAAGCUGCGGAGGAAGCCAAAAAGGCUGAAGAAGCACGGUUAGCUGAAGAGGCAAGGCUUGCAGAAGAAGCCAGAAAAGCGGAAGAAGCAAGGCUAGCAGAGGAAGCACGUCUUGCAGAAGAAGCUAGAUUAGCAGAGGAAGCAAGACUAGCGGAAGAGGCCAGAUUAGCUGAAGAAGCAAGGCUGGCUGAGGAAGCGCGAUUAGCUGAGGAGGCAAGACUAGAAGAGGAACGUUUAGCUGAACAAAGAAGACAAGAAGAGCUGGCAAGGUUAGAAGAAUUAGAAAGACAGGCACAAGAGGAACGUGAAGCAGAAUUAGCAAGACAGGCUGCUGAAUUAGCUGAAAUCGCUCGACAAGAAUCAGAACUUGCUGCGCAACGUCUUGAGGAACUAUCGCACAGCGGCUCCGCGGGCGACAACGUUGCUGAAGUUGAAACUAGCGACGUGCCUGAGGUAGAAUCUCAGCCCAUUGUUGAGGAACCAGAAAGCCCGGAGGUGGUCCCUGAUGCCUCAGGGGUUGCGGACCAGCCUGACGCCGUCGCAGAAAUCAGCGAAGAUGAGCAAGCCGAGCCAGAUGUUACGGACGAAGAAUAG